GGGGGAAGGGCAAAAUCCUCGCGGGGGACUGCCAUGGAGUCUGGAGCCGCCUAGGGUCGGCUGUCGACACCCAAACGCUUUUCCAACGUGAAUGACUUUCGUGACGAGAAGACAGUCUGCGCGCACUUCCUGCCACCCCCCCAAAAAACCCCGCUGUUUUAAAGAAAAGCCACCCUCGCUCCAGCUGAGCAUUGUCCUUCCACGGGCUCCCUAUCCCCUCCCCGCCGCCUCAUACCCGACCCGCGGUCCCCCUGGUUCCCCCUUCCCUGCUCGGCCUCGGCAGGAAGGGGAGGGACCGUCGGCCGAUCCAACCGCCUGCGGAGCUGGGAGCGACCGGGCAGCCCCCGCUCCUCUUCCCCGGGAUCGGCAUGUCGGCGCCCGGGACGGGCAGGCAGCCGCUGCCCGCGACGCAUGGUGACAAGAAGGCAGGUGAAGCUUCUUCCAAGGCAGGAGAGAAAAAAGCAGAAGUGGAAGAGAGAAAUACCAAAGAGAGAUUCUGUAUCUCUGUAAAAGCCUAGCCUGUGCAUGGCUGCUGUCUGGAUCUGAAAAUGUGAUAUUAAAAGGGAAGAGUCAUAUAUUCUAGGAAUUGGAAGCCCAGCUUAGAGUGAGGCCAUAUUUCACCAGAACAAACAAGCAACCGCUAAUGUCAGUCAGCCAACCAAAACAGAGACAAGUGGAGCAGAUGCUUCUGCUAAGAAGCAGCCUCCUUCUGUGAAUGCAUCAAAACCACAAAUUAUGAAGCCAUCUGAAACUAGGGGUUGCUGUUCCCUGAGAUUCUCCUUGGGGUUGCUGUUCCCCGAGAUAAUAAGGCUUUCAAGCUUCCCUUGCUCAAAAGGUCUCACACCGGAGCCAGAGAAGACAAACUGAGUCCGCUAGUGCAUGUUUCCAAGUCCGCACCAACAACCAAAAGAGAAUCUGCAAAAAACACCGAGUCAGACAAGCAAACAGACUCUCAAAAUAAACAGAUGUCUGAAGAGAAGCAAAAGGAACCCAGUGAUGGGAAAAACCAAACCACACCUACUGUGACAACAGCUUCUAAACCAAGUAACACAGGAAAAGUAACUACAACUCAGGCUGACCAGCCUCCACCAGCAACCUCCACAGAGACAGCAAAGCAAGAGUCCACAGCAGGCACAGCAGGUGCAAGUGUGGUUGCUGCUGCUGACAAAUCAAGUACUGAGCCUGGUAUGGAUGAGUCAGCACUUGAUGGCCUAAUAGAUACCCUUGGUGGACCUGAGAAAGAUGUGCCUACUACUCCUAUUUACACUGGUCCAGAAAUUACGGAAGAUAUAUAUUCAAGAUACUUAGAAGAAAUGGGCAAACGGGAAGGUAGUCUCCCUCCGGAGUAUGUGAAACUGUUGAAGAGCAAAGGAUAUGGCAAAGAUGUGGUCCCACCGAAAGCAAAUGAGCAAGAUGAAAAGCCAAUGACGGAUGAUGAGCUCGCAGAGGCCCUGUCAUCUGACUUCACCUGCAGUGCUGCUUCUGCUCAGGAGAAGAUAACUCUCACAGAGAAACCAACGAAAGAAGGAGAAAUUGUGCAAGCACAAGCAGCAAAUUCAGUUAAGAUCUCAGUUCCUCCUAAGGAGAAGAAAACAAAAUCAAAACAGGAAAUUAACGAUGAUGCCAUGGAUUCUCUUCUUGAUACACUUGGAGGACCUGAACCUGAACCUGAAGAAGAUCCCACCCCUGUUGUAGAAGUGUCAGAGGCAAAAGCCAAAGAGAAAAAGGAACAAAAGGCUGGAGAACAUGAUGAUACAAUACCUCCAGAGUACAGGUUAAUGCCAGAGUUGGAUAAAGACGGAAAACCAAUAUUGCUGAAGCCUGAAGAAAAACCAAAGCCUUUGAGUGAAUCUGAUCUCAUUGAUGAAUUUUCAAAGGACUUUGCUUGCCCUUCACAGCCUGCAGUACAACCCAAAGCACCAAAGCCCUGCAAUAUAUCCAAAAAGCUGUCAGGUUCUGUGUCUGCAAAAGCCACUGAGGAUAAAGUGGUCCCUUGUGCCACAGCUUGCACUGUGCAGUCUGCAGGUCCCGUGCCUUCAGUUGGUCCUGUGUUACAUGAAGCACUGGAAGCCUUGUCCAGUAGCCUGGGAAAGAGGGAGCCUGAUCCAGAUGAGAAAAAGCCUGCUGUGGACAAAAUUAAGGAGAAAACCAAAAAGGAACAAUACAAAAAAUUGGGUGAAGAAGAAGAAACAAUUCCUCCAGAGUACAGAUUAACAGAAGCCAAAGAUAAAGAUGGAAAACCACUCCUACCAAAACCAGAAGAGAAGUCACAGCAAUGGCAGCCUAUGAGUGAAAAUGAUCUUUUAGAGGGCUUGACAGAAGGGUUUUCCUGUUCCACAUUACCACCUGCACCAUUACCUACAUCAACUGUACUAAAGAAAGCCAAGGAUGGUGCCAAGCCUGCGAGUUCGUCAGAUGUGAUCUCUGCUGCAAUGGUUUCCUCAGUGCACUCAGCAGCUCCUGCACCUUCUACCUCAGGAGGAAAAGAGAUGGAUGAAGCCUUGGAUCUCCUAUCUGAUUCCCUGGGACAAAGAGAACCUGACCCUGAUGAGAACAAACCAGUUGUGGAUAAACUGAAGGAAAAGGCUAAAUCUGAACACAGAGACAAGCUUGGAGAGAGAGAUGAAACAAUCCCACCUGACUAUCGAAAACUUCUGGAGUCAGGUGAGCAGAGUAAACAAGCAAAACCAACAGCAAAGGAUGAUGUGAAACACAAAGGAAAGAAGAAACCUACAGAUGACAGUGCAGCUAUUGAUGCCUUAUCAGGUGACUUUGAUACUUGUGCAAAGGCUCCUGCUACACCACAGCACUCAAAGUGUAGGGCAAAAGUGGAAAAGAAGCUACAACCACUAAACCAAGCUCAAAGAAUGAAGGAAAGCCCAGAAACCCUAAAACGGCAAAGGGACAGUCCUCCAGCAGCAAAUCUGAGAAGCAGAAAACGAGCUAAACAUUAACCUUACCAGGAUCCUGCUGCAUCAUGUAAAAUGUCUCCUUUCUGUUGGUGGAUGAUUAUUCUUGAAGAACGAAAGCUGAUGUCGAAAGCACAUAGUUAUUCUGGGUGGUUUUUGUACAGUGACAGUUGCUGGACUUUUUCUCAUCUUUUCUUUUUUCCCAGUAGUAGACUCAGGUGGUUUGUUUCUUUCCUCCAGCAAUUCAGUUUAUUAAGACUCAUAUAGUCUGACUUCCUUGUAAUUCCCAUCAGCACUCAGGGGGAAAGAAUGCUUUCUAUUUGCACAAAAUAUAUUGCAUCAAUCAAGAGCUAUGCCAAAAAAUAGAGAAAAAAAAAUCUGCAGACCUUUGCACAUAAUCUCCACAUAGUGCCUGUAAAUCUCUGAAGAGUUCAUAUGUGCUAGCAUUUUUAAUGUUGCAGUGAAUGCAUUAAGUAUUCUGGAAUAUAGUGAGUUUUAGUUACCCUCAGCUGGGCUGUGCAGCCUUGUUCUCAGGCCAGUUCCGGGUGAGAGGCUGCAGGCCAGCUGUGGGGUGGCUAGAGUGAGAAAACUGGGGAUUAACCGCUUCUUCCAGCACAUCUGGACAUCAAGCAGGUAUUUGGAAUGCUGCCUUUUGCCAUAGUUAAAACACACUAGGGCAGGACCUUCUUUUUUAUUAUUAUUACCAUUAUUUCCAGUUGUAUCUGUACUGUUAUCUCAUAAUUUCAGGAGUCUCCUGGUCUGGACAAAUAACAAAUGUGACAGCUACCAACACACAAGAGUGGGGAAGGAAAAGAGGGGCACAAGCCUCAGCAGCGAUCAAAGCUCAGGUCCAGGGCUGGGCUCCUUUUUAUUUUACUUUGCACUGUUUCUAGUCCUCCUGCUCCUGGCACUCUGGCAGGGAAUUCAGGGAUCGGGCUGAAGGUGAUGCUGCAGAGACCAAAGCCCCAUUUCUCUUGUUCCCUGCAAGGACAGACAUGGCCAGGCGCCUCUCCUGGGUCAGCCGCCACAGCCCUGGGCUGCCACCACCACCAUGGGUUUUCCUCUGCCUCCCUGCCCUGCAGAAUGUCCUUUUGCAUAUCCUGACAUGUGUACAGCUCUGCCAUGAGUGAGCAAAGGGAGGCCACUGGCAGCAGAGCCCAGGGUCUGCUGGCAGGGACAGCGCAGGGACUGAAGUUGGGGAUAUUUAGACUCAUGACUGUAGUUACAGUCUGCACCGUGUCACUCCAAUAAAGUUUUUAAGCGUG